AUGAGUGGUCCAGGUUGCUUACCUGAUAUUGUGACAUACAGUAGUUUGCUUGAUGGCUUGUGCCGACGAGGUAAAAUUGACGACGCAUUAGCUUUGUUUCAAGUAAUAGAAAAUAGGUUGAAGUCUGAUGUUGUGGGGUACGCUAUACUUUUGGAUGGAUUGUGGAAAGCAGGGAGGGGAGAUGAGGCAAGGGAAAUGUUUUCUAAGCUCUCUAGGGACAAUUGUUUGCAACUUAAUUCCCGCAUAUAUAGCAUAGCAACUAAUGGACUUUGCAGGCAAGGCUUUGUAGAUGAAGCAUAUGAAUUGUUCAGAAAAAUGGAGGGGGAUGGUUGUCUACCAAAUAGUGGCUGUUAUAACGUGAUUAUUCAUGGAUUUCUUCGACAUAAGGAUCCUCUUGAAGCAAUCGACCUCAUUCACAAGAUGGUUUCAAAAGGCUUCUCAGCAGACACAACCACGAUGACAUUACUAAUAGAAUUGUUGCCCAAGAAUCAGUUGGAUCAUCCAAUUUUCCAGAAGCUUAUGAGUGGUCCUGAUAUCAGGAGUCAUAACAUUGGGUCUGGCGGUCUAUCAGCUGCUGCUACUCAAGGAACUUGCUGA